AAGGCUAGAAAGAAAUAAAAUGGGAAUAAUAGAGGUGAGAUGGGACUUCAGAUAGAGUGUUAUGGCGAAACCCUUACCACCUGGUGUGUGGUCCGUUCCGACAACCCCCCCACAGCCUUUUGCUGACAAGAACACUGAAACUGAGAAAGGAGACAGGGUGGCAUAUAAGUCUCAGCGGCCCUGCUCCCUAACCAGCUGUUCCUGAGCGGCCAGUAGAAACAUAUGGCCUGGAUGAUGAAACUCAAGGCAAAGAAUGCAUCACCACCGGCGCGGUCCACGUCCCUGUAGGUGUCGCGAGGUGAGGGAGAAGGGAGGCGGGGUCUGCGACUAGGGAGAAGCAGCCAAGCAGCGAAUAACUAAAUUCCAAAAGCUUCAGGGGAAGCACAGCCACUGCCAUAAAGUCGGGGUUCUCUGUCCCACGAGAGACCGCCCAGACGACCGUUCCACACCCCCUGCCCAUCCCAGUCCGGUCUGCGCCAGGCCCUAGAGGACUUGUAGUUUAUCCCGCUGUCACAGCAACGUUGGUACGGCCAAGACAACUACAAGACCCAGAAGCCAGCGCGCAGGUCCGAGGCGGAGUCGGCGGCGGUGGGUGUGCGAAUGCAGGGAGCCAGGAGGGUUAGCCUCGGCAGGUUCGCGAUGCAGCGGGCGGCGGUGCUGGUGCGGCGGGGCCCCUGGGGCCGUAGUCACAGCAGCGCCGCAGCUGAAGCCUCGGCGGCGCUCAAGGUGCGUCCGGAGCGCAGCCCUCGGGACCGCAUCCUCACCUUGGAGUCCAUGAACCCGCAGGUGAAGGCGGUGGAGUACGCUGUGCGCGGACCCAUCGUGCUCAAGGCCGGCGAGAUCGAGAUGGAGCUGCAGCGGGGCAUCAAAAAGCCGUUCACUGAGGUAAUCCGAGCCAACAUUGGGGAUGCCCAUGCUAUGGGCCAGCAGCCAAUCACCUUCCUCCGUCAGGUGAUGGCACUCUGCACCUACCCAAACCUGCUAAACAGCCCCAGCUUCCCGGAAGAUGCUAAGAAACGAGCCCGGCGGAUCCUGCAGGCUUGCGGUGGAAACAGCUUGGGAUCUUACAGUGCCAGCCAGGGGGUUAACUGUAUCCGGGAAGACGUGGCAGCCUUUAUCACAAGGAGAGAUGGUGUGCCUGCAGACCCAGACAACAUUUACCUGACCACUGGAGCUAGCGAUGGUAUUUCUACGAUCCUGAAGCUCCUGGUCUCCGGGGGAGGCAGGUCGCGGACAGGGGUGAUGAUCCCCAUCCCACAGUAUCCCCUGUACUCCGCCGUCAUCUCCGAGCUCGACGCUGUCCAGGUGAACUACUAUCUAGAUGAGGAGAACUGCUGGGCUUUGAAUGUGGAUGAGCUACGGCGGGCAGUGCGACAAGCCAAAGACCACUGUGACCCCAAAGUUCUCUGCAUUAUCAACCCCGGAAACCCCACAGGCCAGGUACAAAGCAGAAAGUGCAUAGAAGAUGUGAUUCACUUUGCCUGGGAAGAGAAGCUUUUUCUCCUGGCUGAUGAGGUGUACCAGGACAACGUGUACUCUCCGGACUGUACAUUCCACUCCUUUAAGAAAGUGCUCUACCAGAUGGGGCAGGAGUACUCCAGCAACGUGGAGCUCGCCUCUUUCCACUCCACCUCCAAGGGCUACAUGGGCGAGUGUGGCUACAGAGGGGGCUACAUGGAGGUGAUCAAUUUGCACCCUGAGAUCAAAGGCCAGCUGGUGAAGCUACUCUCAGUUCGUCUCUGCCCACCAGUGUCCGGACAGGCCGCAAUGGACAUCGUUGUGAAUCCCCCAGUACCAGGAGAGGAGUCCUUUGAGCAGUUCAGCAGGGAAAAAGAAUUUGUCCUCGGUAAUCUGGCCAAAAAAGCGAAGCUGACAGAAGAUCUGUUUAACCAAGUCCCGGGGAUUCAGUGCAACCCCUUGCAAGGAGCUAUGUAUGCUUUUCCUCGGAUUCUCAUUCCUGCCAAGGCCGUGGAGGCAGCUCAGUCCCAUAAAAUGGCUCCAGACAUGUUUUACUGCAUGAAGCUCCUGGAGGAGACAGGCAUCUGUGUCGUGCCUGGCAGUGGCUUUGGGCAGCGAGAAGGCACUUACCACUUCAGAAUGACGAUUCUCCCUCCGGUGGAGAAACUGAAGACAGUGCUCCACAAGGUGAAAGAUUUUCACCUCAAGUUCCUGGAUAAGUAUGCGUGAGGAUGCCUCAGGCACCUGAGGGAGACCUCUUUUUGGCUCUCCGUCCCAAUACUACCUGGGUCUUCCUCAUGGACUCUGCCUCAGACUGCACAACAGGUUACCAACCCUGUUCAUCAUCAUUUUUCCCAGGAGACUUCUUUCUUUGUGCCUUGAUGUUGAGAGUUCUCUUCCGAGCAAGCGGGGCUUUUACAAUGUCGUGCAGUCCCUGUGUUCUUUAAUGCAACCAGACUGAGUCAACUUGUUCAGCAGACAUAGCUGGAAUUCUCAGGAUCAACUAUCGCUGUUGUGUUUGGAGAGUUCCUUUGGGUUCUAAGCAGCCAGGGUACAUUGAGAUGAGAUAUUUCAGAUCUGGAGAAACCAGCAGGUGUUAGAAAAUAUGUGACUUAACAUGGUAAGGACUGGAAAUCCAGAAACUGACAGUGGGAUCCAUGAAAUUAAGGCCCUUAGCAGUGUGAAAAUGUAGUUUUGAGAACAGUAAAUCUGCAAGUGCAGUGAGGACUAGGAGAAAGCUUGUCAUUCUGGUCUGGGGCUAGGCAGCUCUUCACGGACAAGAAUAUUGAAGCCAGUAGUAAGAGAAGGGUCCCAUCAGAUAUCAGGUUACACUGUACUGAACACAGAGUAGGCAGGGGCCAUGCCUAGGUCAGAGGUCCUGAGUGGAACUGGGUGUAAAGCAGGCUGCGGGUUCAACUUGUGUCUUCUGGACAGCCUAGCAGCGUGAUGGCUUCGCACACUGAGCUUUGCACAUGCUUUUGCUGAGACCUUGGUAUAAAAGGUCUCCUUAGACUUCAGGGGCAUUGGGAAAAGCCCUGAAAUGUCUUGGUUAAGUGACAAUUCUCUUUGCUGUGGAUGGAUCCAUCCCACUGGUUAGUUAGAGGCAGUUUCCUCCAGAAGGUUUGGCUGAGCCUUUCUAUAAUUAUACUCAUUGCCCUCUGCUGGUGGCAGCAAAGAUAAGCAAAUGCCCUGAAUUAGGAGGUGAUCCUUUUAAAGAUCUCACAGUUAAGCCCCUGCCAGUGUAUUUUUAAUUGUUUGAAACUAAAUUUGGUUCAUUUUGUAACUUUAGUUGAUCACAGUGCCUGGUACACUGGCUGCCAUGAAGGAACACAUGCCAUCCGAGUCAGGGUGUUUUCACAUCAGUUUCCGGCCUCACUCUUGACCUGUGGGCAGUGUCCUAUAUCAUCAGCUGUCCCUCCAUGUCAGAGUAGCAGCCACCAACGAACUUUAUUCCUUGAAUUAGCACACCUGGGUGGGGCCAUGAGCACUCCAAGUGAACAGGUGCUACAGGGAGCUCCAGGCCAGGUUCUCCUUCCCAUCAUCCCUUUACCGUCUACUUUCUUCAGCGAGAAGUGAGGGAAGCUAUGACUAGCUCAGCAGGCUGGUGCCCAGUGAGUCAGGGGGAGCUUAAGAGGCUAGAGAGAGAAAUGUGAGGGCUGCAUAGAAAGGCUGGAAACCAGCCUCCUACGCCAUGAUUCCACACUGCAGGGGGAUGCAAUUUUUAAAAAGAACUUCAAUCUGUUAGCAUUCAAGAGCAUUAUAUUACUGUGAAGGGAGUGAGUAGCCACAUUUGUAACAAGAUGGAACGUUCUGGAACUAUUCCUUUAAAAGUUGAAAAGGUAGGGUGUGUGCUUGCUAGGCAUGUAAGCCAGAUGUGCUCCAGAGUGCUGAGAGUCCCCGAUGAAAGGUUAACAAGAAGCUAGUAUAUUUUUUAUAUUUUUGUAACAAUUGCUUUUUUCAUGGUGGGUAGGAGGGUUAGUAUUUAUAGUCCUAACAAGUCCAAUAAUUUUUAUAAGUGUCUUCAAAUUAUAAAUAAUCCUCCAAAUUUUGCAAUGUUUACAUGUUUUUUUUAAAGAUGACAAUUAUGCUUGAUUUGCUUUUUAAAUAAAAGUUUAGCUGUUCUAAGAGAUUAACUUCAAA